CUGAUUGGUCGGCCAUGACAGGGGGUGUUAAUCGGGUUCUAUUUUUGAGCGCCUGUCUCGUGCUUUCCCGCCGCCCCACAACGACUUCGACCAUCCAACCCCUCGACCCCCGUCCACUCACAGGCUCACAGCAGCCGACAUGGCCGCUCCUCUCGGCCGCGUUGGGACUGCCUGGCGCUUAGGACUGCCGAAUCUCACUGCAGUCGGAACCGCGACCUUCCAUAGCGCACUGCAUGAGGUGGAAUGCCGGGGCCGUGAUAGGUUGGCUGGCACUUUCCGAGUUUACCUCUCCGCUGUCUGCCCGCCAAAAAAGUGCCCUGGAGAUCACCUCGCGCAAGCGCACCACCUCGACCCGCUGCCGGCCUCCCACACCUGCAGAUGGCAGACGCGGGACGUGGACAUGGGGCCCGGCGCCGAGCUGCGUGUGCCCGGUCCUUGCUCUUAUUGCGGGUGAACGGUCUGGUACCUAGCCUCUUGAAUAAAACGAAUUGGUGCCCGUUCUGAUGCGGUUCCCGUGGCCUUGGUUCGGAACCAUCAAAAUUGCUGGUGACGUCGACCCGGUGAAGACUAACGGGCAGGCCCAUCGGCUUUUUUCAUCUUUUCUAGU